AUGGCAUGGGCCCGUGUAUUGUGGGCUAUAUACUUGAGCCUUGAGGACGUCAUCGUCCAGCAGAUCCUCCGCAUUCCGGCCUUCCAUCGUGGCGUUCGUCGGAUACACAGGACCGUUGAAGAUCUCCGCCAUGGCCGAGAUCCAAGCGAGCCGUUGCGGCAGGGCGAGGCCACAGCUGAGCCGAAUCGCGCAGAAGGCUUCUUGAAGCACUUCAUCGAGGAACUCCGAAACCAAGCCCGCGGUCGAUGGGAUGACGUUCCUCCGCCUCCGCCAAAGCGUUGA